AUGCCACUCUACCAAAUGUUCUGCAUUGCCAGUCAUCUUAGGGAAUACAAACACAUAAAAGACCUGGUGACCAUGUCUGCCACUCAUGUGAUGAAUGAAGGCGGUGUAGUGCGAAAUAUUCAGUUCAAUGGAACACAGACGCUUCCCGAACGAAUGCGUCGCCAUAAACAAUAUUAUACCGUUGGAGACUAUUGGACGAUGCAUUUUGACACCUCGCCUCGCACACUACGCACACUGGCUGGAAUGAUGCGCCGAGAUCAUCGCGUCAUAAGAUGGACAAUGUUGAAGUUGGGUGAGAAGGCGGAAGAUGUGGUCACUUCACCUGAGCAGACGGUGGAACGCCAUUUACCGACAUCACCGAGCAAAACCAGCACUCAUUGGUCCUUGUGA